AUGCAGUUCCUCAAGAGUACCGUCAUGGGCCUCGGCUCCGCCUUCACGAUGGGCAGCGUCGGAGGCCUGCCCUUCUCGCUCGAGUCCGCCGAGCCUGCCUAUGAUGCAGGGCUUCCGGACUUUAUCCUACUCCGCGGCAAAGCCAAGGCCGACGGCAGCAGCGUCGCGGUGUUCAAGUCCAAGCAGCCCUCGAAUGCGCUAGCGCAGAACGCUCUGCGGCGCAUCAAGACUCUGCGCCACCCGAAUGUCCUUGCCUACAUUGACGGCAUUGACGUGCCCAACAACGGCCACGUGUUCAUCGUCACCGAGGACGUCGUGCCGUUAAACGCCUACCUCGACGACAUCCGUGCCGAGUAUGGCGCCAACAGCAACGAAGAGAAGAUCCUGAUCGCGUGGGGUCUUCGAUCGAUCCUCGGCGCGCUCAAGUUCAUCAACAACGACGUCAAGCUCAUUCACGGCCGACUGAACCCGACCAGCAUCUUUGUCACCAAGGGUGGCGAGUGGAAGCUCGGCGGCUUUGAACUCACGGGCGAGCCCAGCAUGAGCGCGCCAUUCGUCCAGCACGACCACACGGUGGACCCGCGUUUCAAAGCACCCGAGUGCGCGCGCCGGGACUGGUCGUCCGUGGCGUCGUCGCCCACGUAUGCGGUUGACAUGUAUGCGCUCGCGUGCCUGAUCAUCUAUCUGCACCACCCGUCAUUCUCGUCGCCAAGCGAUUGCAGUCGCGUUCCGUCCGGUCUCUCGACCUUUGUCAAACGUAGCACGGACGCAACGGCCUCGCGGCGCCUCAACCCCGACCAGGCGCUCACGAGUGCGUACUUUGAGUCGCAUUUUUUGCGGCAAAUGACCUUUCUCGACGAACUCGCAAUCAAGUCGCCGGACGAAAAGGUCGAGUUUUACAAAGAUCUGAGCGCGAGCAUCGACGCAUUGCCCAAGCACACGGCGGUGUUCAAGGUGCUUCCAGCGCUCAAGGCGAUUGUGGAUUUUGGCGUCGCGACGGGUGGCAAGGCCGGUGGCAACUACAAGCUCGAUCCGUCCGAGAGUCACAUGUUGCCGGCCAUGGUCAAGAUCGGGAGCCAGCUCUCGCCGGACGAGUUUAAAGACCAAGUGCUGCCGACACUCAUCAAGCUCUUUGGCUGCAACGACCGCGCCGUGCGUCUUCAGCUGCUGCAGAUGAUGGAGUCGUUUGCCGUGCACUUUGACGCCAAGCUCGUCAACAGCAAC